CUCUAGUCUAUAGGGUUUCAUUUCAGCGACUCACCUUCUGUGCCCCUCGCUGUCCAGACCCAAACAGCCAAUAAUGGCAGUCGGGAAGAACAAGAGGAUUUCGAAGGGGAAGAAGGGAGGAAAGAAGAAAGCAGCUGACCCAUUUGCAAAGAAGGAUUGGUAUGACAUUAAGGCGCCAUCUCUCUUCGACCAACGCCAGGUCGGCAAAACGCUUGUCACCAGAACUCAGGGCACGAAGAUUGCUUCUGAAGGGCUCAAACAUCGGGUGUUUGAAAUUUCUCUGGCUGAUCUUCAGAAUGAUGAACAGCAUGCCUACAGGAAGAUCCGUUUGAGAUCUGAGGAUGUGCAAGGGAGGAAUGUGCUCACGAACUUCUGGGGAAUGGAUUUCACCACGGACAAGCUCAGGUCACUGGUGCGCAAGUGGCAGACAUUGAUUGAGGCCCAUGUGGAUGUCAAGACUACCGACAACUAUACACUGAGAAUGUUCUGCAUUGGAUUUACAAAGAGGCGAUUAAACCAGGUCAAGCGGACAUGUUAUGCCCAGUCCAGUCAGAUUCGUCAGAUCCGCCGGAAGAUGAGGGAGAUUAUGACAAACCAGGCUUCUUCAUGUGAUCUGAAGGAUUUGGUUGCGAAGUUCAUACCUGAGAUGAUUGGUAGAGAGAUAGAAAAGGCAACAACUGGCAUCUACCCCCUGCAAAAUGUUUUCAUCCGAAAAGUCAAGAUUCUGAAAGCUCCUAAAUUUGAUCUUGGCAAGUUGAUGGAGGUUCAUGGUGACUACCACGAUGAUGUUGGUGUGAAGGUGGAGAGGUCAGCUGAAGAAACGGUGGUCGAGGGGGAGACUGAACCUGUGGGAGCAUAAAAGCCAUUUUGUUUUUCUUUUGAAUUGCGAUGAAGUUUUUGCCAAUUAGAAUCAUGAGGCAGGCUAGUGCGGCAUAGUUUUCUACAAUUUAGAAUUUUUUUGCCUUCAUUAGGUAGAUGUGCAAUUUUUAUUAUAUUUUUUUGUAGCAACUUUCUCUGUUUUAUGGAGUUUAUUUGUUUGAUGCCCAACUUGGCGAAUAUUUAUGUAGUCAUUUUUGUCAAAAUGCCAGUUAAUUGAUGAAGCAUAAUUGUUAUUGUUAA